GCCACUUCUGAAACACAGAUCCCAAACAAUAAUUUUUCGGAAUAGUUAAAGAACAAUUUUUUAAAAUAAUAGUGUGAUGUUUUUUAAAAUAAUGAAAAUGUAUUCUAAAAAAAAAUCAUAUUUUUAUAACAAGCUAUUGAAGACUUUCUAAAAUUAGUUCACUUUUCAGUUUUUUUCCCGGUUAUCAUUUUCUCGGUUGUGUUUGUAAUGUUAGAAAUUUUCCUAACACUUGCCAAUCGCACAGUGACACAAAAAUUUGUCUAAAGCAGACUAUUAUAUAAUCGGAGCCAAGGCGAAAAUUUUGUAUCCCAGGAAGGUGAAAGCCUCAGUUCCUGUGACCCAUGUAGGAGGAGCUCACACCCUGUUUCCUCUCUUUUUCAACUACAGAAUAGCCAAUCAACUCGUCAACCAGGUGUACUUGAAAUGGGAUCGAAAGAAAAAUGCUUAAACAAUGGUGUCCUUGCUACAUAUAUGCUGCCUGUCACUGUAUACCAGGAGUUUGUCAAAGAAUGGGAAAGAGUAAAGCCACUAGCAGGCAAUGCUUCAAAGUUCCAAAAGAGUUAUGUCUUUCAAAUCUAAGUGAAAGGAAGCUAAUAUAGUACAUUAUUGUUCAUAGCAGCAGACUGCACGAAUGCCUACAAUGCAAUCUAAGUGAUUUAUUGCAGAGCUCAAAUACUGUGGAAUAGCAGAAAUGAGAAAUCAGAGAUUCAGGAUUAUCAAUGAGGAAAAGGAUGAGUUGGCAUCUGUUUGUUCAGUGGAUUCCAGCACUAGUUGCUCCCCAUUUGAAUCUGCUUGGCCCACCUCCUUUAUGACCGCUAGUGAACAUUGUAUCACUGUGCAUGCUGUUACAAAGGCUUCUCCUUCUCCUAUAAUCUACUGCACAGAGAAUGCACAUCAUGAUAAACAUAUUUCACAUAUCGAAGUUUCUGAUUCAGAACCUGGACAUUCAAAGUCAUGCAGUGAGACAGCAGUAUCCAAGAAACUGCAAGAUGUACACAUAUCAGCACGGUUGAUGGAGGAUUUUCUUGAACUUGCUAGAGACAACACAAAGAAUGAUCUGGAGACUUGUGGGAUUCUUGGUGCUUUCCUUAAAAUGGGGACCUUCUAUGUAACUACUCUGAUAAUACCCAAGCAGGAAUCAACUUCCAACAGUUGUCAGGCUAUAAAAGAGGAGGAGAUUUUUGCCAUACAAAAUGAACACUCCCUUUUUCCUGUAGGAUGGAUCCAUACACAUCCUUCUCAGAGUUGUUUCAUGUCAUCAAUAGAUUUGCACACGCAAUACUCAUAUCAGGUGAUGGUGCCUGAGGCUUUUGCCAUUGUCAUGGCUCCAACUGAUACCUCAAGGAGCUAUGGCAUAUUCCGGCUGUCUGACCCAGUUGGAAUGAGUGUUCUGAAAGACUGCCCAGAGGAGGGAUUUCAUCAUCACAAUGAACCAGCAGAUGGGGGUCCCAUUUAUGAGCACUGCUCUAAUAUUUAUAUAAAUUCAAAUCUCAGAUUUGAAAUAUUUGACUUGCGAUGAAGUUAGGUGUGUAUUUAAUGUGCGUGGUUGAGCAUAUUGGUAGGUAUAUAUGAACAAGGACAUGGGUUUUUUUUUCUUUUAGUUUUUGUAUAGGGAAAAGAGAAAUGUGUGUACAUAUAUAUAUAUAUAUAGGCUGACACACUCAACUUCCACAGGGAUGAUGCAAAUCACAUUUGCCUAUAGUUAUAAUAAUGAGGUGGUUGCACCUGUACGUCUAUAUUUUAUGAUUA